AUGCAAUUAAAAAUCCUUUCCCCUUCUAUAUACCACCAAUUAGUCCCAAAUUCAACUAGACCAAUUUGGCAUCAAUGGCAUAUUAAUAAUGAAGACAAAAAUAAUAAAGAAAAUUUGGAAGAAAAUAAUGAGAAUUUUAAUAUUAAUAAACGUUCUUCGACUGCUAGAAGACGUUUAUUUUUUGAAGAAGGAGGAGGGGGAGGGGAAGAAAAUAAAGAAAUAAAUAAACAAUUUGUCCAAAAUUGGUUAAAUGAAUUGUCUGAACAUUAUAAACAAAAAUGGGGAUUUGAUUUUGAUGAAUGUAAACCUUUGGAAAAAAGUCGUUUUGAAUUUGAACGGGUACCUGCCGAUCAAGUGCCUGGAUUUUAUAGAACAACAAAAACAUUAAAAUAUAAAAAUAACGAGGGAAAAGAAUGUUUUAGAAGCAAAGCAGAAUUAAAUAAUAAUUGUUGUUCUGAAAAUAAUUCUGGUGAAUUAACAACAACUUGUUUAGGUAAAUAA